GAUGUCAGCCUCUCGGAGGUGCCUGUGCUGCGUGAAAUACCUCAUGUUCGUCUUCAACCUCAUCUUCUGGGUCAGUACCUUUACAUCUCUGUCCUUUGGUAUGCCUCAGUCAUUUAAAUUAAUGACAUACAGUACGGUACACCCAUUGAUUGAAUCUUGAAGAAUAUAGCUUACCAAACAAAGUGGGAGGGUCAGGCUAUUGAAAUCACAGAUUGGGCUUUUAAGCUCCAAUUCCAGUUCUGAUCUGUUUCUGGUCUUUGUCUAGUCCUGUUUGUGUGGUUCUAUUACGGUGUUAUUCUAGCUCUCUGCUUGUCCUGUUCUGGCUCAGUGCUGGUCUGUUUUGGUCUAUUCCAUUCUACAUACUUACAUAACAUAAGAGAUUGUAAAUUCUGGUCUUAAACUAGUCUGAUUCCACUCUGGCCUUGUUCUAGUUUUGUACUGGUUUUUCUGUGGUCGUGUGUCUUUUAUGGUGAAGUUUGGUCUCUUUAUUUGUCUCCCAAAUUAAUAUAUUUGUGAUUCCAGAUAAACGUGAAUACGACCUUAGGCUGGGGAACAAGUUCACCAUGCACCACAUGUCAUUUACAGUAUUGGCUAACAACACUAGGAAUUAGAUACAAACUCUGAAUUAGAUGUCAUAACGGGCCAUGGAGUAAAACAUUUUUUUAAAGGGUCACAAAGUGGAAAAACACAUGAUAAAGCCUCUGGUUGGCGCCACCAAGACAUAAAACUACACUACAAUAACUCUGGACAUAUGUUAGUUGGUAGGAACAUAUGGAAACACGCUCAACAGUAAGACUCCUGCCAAAUCUCUACUUAUGUAGGUCAAGCAGGCAGCAUUGAUGAUUUCGCUCUGUUUUAGCUUUUUAUAACACAGGGUAGCCUGGUCCCAUCUGUAAGUGCUUUUACACAUGUAAACACAUACAGAUCUGGGACCAGUCAUAACUUGGUACCUUUCCUAUGUCCUUCUAACUAUGGAGGCAACUAUUUCUGACAGUUCACUCGAAAAUAUAAGUUUGUCCGACAAAUAGAUUACUUUUGAGGACUGAAAACAUGGGUCAAACUUUGAUUUUGGAAUGAACUACCACUUUACGUAUUGGGAUUCACCCUAAGUCACCUUUUGUGUCUCCUGUCUCCUCUGUAGCUGGGAGGGUGUGGCCUGUUUGGAGUGGGAGUGUGGCUAUCAUUCACCCAGUCCGAGUUCUCCUCCCUCCCGCUGUCUUUUCCCUCACUCUCCGCAGCAAACCUACUUCUGGUCGCUGGGGGCGUCACCAUGGUGACAGGCUUCCUGGGUUGCCUUGGCGCCCUGAAGGAGCAGCGUUGCCUGCUGAUGACGGUGAGUCCCCAUGACAUCACAAAACAUGGGUCAACCUCAACCAUGUUAAAUACCUUUACAAGUCAACUCACCACAACACACAAAACCACAUACACACGCACAGGUCCAAAGGAUGAAAUAUCUCUUCAAUCUCUUCUAACCCAUCCCUCUCUCCCAUCUCUCUGUCUUUCCCAUCCCCCUCUCUCUCUCCCUCCCUCCCCACAGUUCUUUGUAAUCCUUUUGCUCCUAGUCUUGACAGAGGUGACUCUAACCCUGGUCCUCCAUAUCUUUCACAACGAGGUGAGUCCAGUCUACCAUCCAUCUAUAACCCUCCUCGCCACUCACAAAGAUCCAGUUUCACCCAAUAAUGUUUAACAACCCCAAAAGGGGGUCAUUAGUAAAGUUUUACCACUAUAUUAUAACUAAAUGAACAACCAGUGUAAAAAAUUAUAUACUGACACAGAGGUUGAGGCAGAAGACAAAGAGGUGAUACAGUCAUCUACAUUCUAGAAGUCUUCUGUACAUCUACAUUAUCCACUACAUCUGUCUCAUAUGCUGCAACUAUAUCAAGGCCCACACUUCACAUCCUUCUCUCUCUCUUUCUCUCUCCCUCUCCAUCCCUUCUUUCAGCUGGACACAAAAGCGCAGGAUGAGUUAAAGGAGGGGAUGAAGGAUUACUUGACAGACGAAGGACUGAAGAAGUCAUGGGACAAUGUGCAGAAAAUGGUUAGAGGGGGGAUGGGGGUUAGGGGAAACCCAACCAAAUCCCUAGUCUGUCACCUUAUAUGGUCCCUGUGUUGUUCCGUGUAUGUUUAGUGGAUUUUAGUGAUAAAUCACUAAACUGACUGACGGUUGAUAGUAAGAACUUACACUGAGUACACAAACAUUAAGAACACAGGCUCUUUCCAUGACAUAGACGACCAGGGGAAUCCAGGUGAAACGAUCUUAUUAUGACUUGUUUUACUAAAUCAGUGUAGAUAAGGGAGGGCCGGUUAAAGAGAUUCAAACAUGACAUGUGUGUAGAUCGACAAAAGGUGAAUCCUAAGUGGCAGAAACUGCAUUACAACUAACCGUCCUGUGUAUAGGGUAUCAGCACUUGCACACUUGGGAAGUAUUGGAGUCAACAUGGGCCAGCAUCCCUGUGGAAUGCUUUUGACACCUUAGUGUGGUCCCGUGUACUUCAGUUGGUAGUGCAUGGAGCUUGCAAUGCCAGGGUUGUGGGUUCGAUUCCCACAGGGGACCAGUAUUCCCACAGGGGGGGGGGGGGGGGGGGGGGGGGGGGGGGGCAACUCAUUAUUAGGAAGGUGUUCCUAAUGUUUGGUAUACUCAGUGUAUGUAAUUGGGUUGCCAAAUCUAUAUUGUCCACAAAUCAAUUGAACUGUGCUGUUGCCCUCUGCUUGUUCAUUGUUGUCAGUUUACAACAGAUUAAGGGCCCAAUUCAAUUCUGCAUAGUAGUUGUUUUGGCGAUGUUAGAGGUGUAACUGCAUUAGAGCUGUCAAAUCCACAAGCAACCCCUCCCUGUUUUUCAACUGGUCGUUCAGUACAGCACAGUUUCCUUUCAAUUUCACGUUCUAUUACGUUUUGUGUACUGCACGCAUCCCAGCUAUGCGGGUGUAGGCUAUCAAUCAAUUUCAAUCAAUCAAUUUUAUUUUAUAUAGCCCUUCUUACAUCAGCUAAUAUCUCGAAGUGCUGUACAGAAACCCAGCCUAAAACCCCAAACAGCUAGUAAUGCAGGUGUAGAAGCACGGUGGCUAGGAAAAACUCCCUAGAAAGGCGAAAACCUAGGAAGAAACCUAGAGAGGAACCAGGCUAUGAGGGGUGGCCAGUCCUCUUCUGGCUGUGCCGGGUGGAGAUUAUAACAGAACCAUGCCAAGAUGUUCAAAAAUGUUCAUAAGUGACAAGCAUGGUCAAAUAAUAAUCAGGAAUAAAUCUCAGUUGGCUUUUCAUAGCCGAUCAUUAAGAGUUGAAAACAGCAGGUCUGGGACAGGUAGGGGUUCCAUAACCGCAGGCAGAACAGUUGAAACUGGAAUAGCAGCAAGGCCAGGCGGACUGGGGACAGCAAGGAGUCACCACGGCCGGUAGUCCCGACGUAUGGUCCUAGGGCUCAGGUCUCUCAGUUGGCUUUUCAUAGCCGAUCAUUAAGAGUUGAAAACAGCAGGUCUGGGACAGGUAGGGGUUUCGUAGCCGCAGGCAGAACAGUUGAAACUGGAAUAGCAGCAAGGCCAGGCGGACUGGGGACAGCAAGGUGUCAUCAUGCCCGGUAGUCCUGACGUAUGGUCCUAGGGCUCAGGUUCUCAGAGAGAAAGAGAGAACGAGAGAAUUAGAGAGAGCAUACUUAAAUUCACACAGGACACUGGAUAAGACAGGAGAAGUACUCCAGGUAUAACCAACUAACCCCAGCCCCCCGACACAUAAACUACUGCAGCAUAAAUACUGGAGGCUGAGACAGGAGCGGUCCGGAGACACUGUGGCCCCAUCCGAAGAAACCCCCGGACAGGGCCAAACAGGAAGGAUAUAACCCCACCCACUCCGCCAAAGCACAGCCCCCGCACCACUAGAGGGAUAUCCCCAACCACCAACUUACAAUCCUGAGACAAGGCCGAGUAUAGCCCACAGAGGUCUCCACCACAGCACAAACCAAGGGGGGGGCGCCAACCCAGACAGGAAGAUCACGUCCUUAGUGAUCAUUAAAGGGCCAAUCCGCAGUUUUUGAUUUUUGUAAAUCAGCUAACUUCCUGCAUUUCAACACAUUUUGCCAUGGUGCAGAGUGAAACGUUUGCAGUUUUAUAAUGCUAUUCUACACAUUUUGUCUUGAGGCUAAGAGAAAAUGUUGCAGUUUUAAAGCUGUUUUAUAGCUCUCCACUGGCCAUGUUGGUUCAACGUAAUUUCAUUGAAAUGACAGGGAAACAACGUUGAUUCAACCAGUGUGUGCCCAGUGGGCCAUCUCAUGCUUUUGUUCACAUUUUGCCAUGAGGCUGAGAGAACAUUGUGCAGUUUUACAGCUAAUUUUCUGCAAUUCUACACAUUUUGCUAUCAUAUGCUAUCUGGGGGCCCCCCGACCUCCAGGGGCGCCCCAAAACCCCCAAAAUAAAACAUAAAAAACGUUUUUGGGGGGGUUGGGCACGUGCCCUGGAUGCCCGUUCGGUAAUCCGGCCCUGUCCCCUCUCCUGUUUCAGGAAAAAGCUGAAGGAUGGGCUGAAGAAACGUAACCACUCUCAAAUUCAUAGACAGAGCUAUGGAUGCCAGAGGGUUGUCCUACGAAGCACGCUAGAUCUACUCAGGGUUUUCUAAAGCUAACCAGCUUCAGUUAGCUUCAAAUUGCAGGUCAAGCUUCAUCCAUACUACAAUGGUGGAUAUUGCUCAUCCGGCUGCCACUAACUCUGGCAGGCUUGUAACUGCGCGUGCAUGACGCAAAUGGCUAGUCGAACACCCAACUCUUCAUUGAGACAAUGCUGAAACAUCAAUCCAUGGGCGAGUCAGUGCCACAUUUUCAAUUGUGCCGAAAUCAAAAUGAAUAGUUAUCUUGCAAAUUCAGCAGUGUGAAAUAGGCUUUUAGAAGUGCCGUUAUUUUAUUACUUAUUGUUAAUGCAGUCUUUGGUGUGCUUAUCAAUGCACAAACUCCUUUUUUCCCACUCCUAUCAAUAUUAAUUUAUAAAGUCAUACAAAAGUGUUACAUUUCGUGAAGUUGCGUUCUGUCAUUACUAAAUGUGUAAUGUGAUAUUUCAACCAAACAUUUUUACAUAAAACACUUUCAAUAAAUAAAACAUUUAAUCAGUCGACUUCCUCAAAUUAAGGGGAUGAUGACGCAAUCUUUGUAAGAGGGAGGGAAUCUGGUCCUCAACUCGCGGCUCAGUCAUUUCAUUCAGGGUAAAUGGAGUUAGCCGUGAGUUAGCCUGUCCCGGAGCUGGUUAGUUCUGAAGGAUUUGUUGUCAUAGAAAUGUACCUGGCUAAAAGGUGAGCCACGUUCGUUUGACCGGUUAUACCUAGUUGAACUCAGAGUUGACCUAAGUUACCUCCAAACUUCUCAAACCUGCUUCGUAGGAUACCCCUCGGAGCUGACCAUCCAUUGUUUUACUUUAUUUACAAACAUUGGAGUAAAACAAGCUUAUUGGGUGGUUCUGGUGGGGUACGACAGUUGAACUAAGCUCAUGAGGCAUUUAUAAGUUAUAUUCUUCAAGAAUCAAUGGCUACAUAUCAUUCAUUUAUAUGUCCAAAAAUGGAUGUAGCAAUUGCAGAUUGUCCCUUUAAAGGGACCUUACUUAACCAGAGUCAGCAUGCUACUGUAGCUGUUCCAGCCAUUGUGCGAACACUAGUUGACAUUGGCUCCCGAAACUACCUCUAACUUCCUUAAUACUGGACACAGAGACAUAAAGUGUCCAUGAGUUCAUCUGACUCUGCGUAAGUAGAAUAAGGGCCAACAUCUGGCACAAUCCCUUUAAAUAUCCUUGAUUGGCUAGAAAGUUAUGUCAUGUGCAUACAGUAUCAGUGAGUCUGAGGGGCUGUGCAGUUGCUGAUCCAGGGACACAUUUUUUAGGGACACACUCAGGGACACAUUUUCAAACAAACAAACUAACAAUCUGACAGAGCGAGUCAGAGACCAACAGAGAUAAUAACAAAUAUGCAUUAUUUGUUUCUUAGUUCAAGUGCUGUGGCGUGACCAACAAAACAGAUUGGUACCUCGUGAUCAACGGAACGCUCCCCUUUUCCUGCUGCUCCGGUGGGAUGGACCAAUGUGUUGAAGGAUGGAUCGAGGUCAGACCACUUUUCAAAUGUAGGGGGGGAUGGGGAGGAGGGAGAGUCAGGGGAGUCGAGGUUCAACAGCCUGCGCACAAGACAUUUCCCAGCUGCCUACAUGUCUUGCUAACAGAGUCCAGAUGUGCGUGUGCGCUCACACUUACAAGAAUGUAAAGAAUGACCCUGACUGUGACAAUACAAUUUAUUUUCUCGACUGCGUUCUUUAUUGCUCUCCUUCUCUCUCACAUCUGUCCUCCACUCUUCUCCCCCCUACCCAACCCCCAUCUCCCUCUCUGUCCCCCACCUCCCCCCUCCUCUACUGCUCCUUUGCCCUUUUCUCUUCCCCUUUGUCCUCGUCCCUUUCCGUCGUUUCCUCCUCCUCUUCCCUCUCUCAGCCAUGUUAUCAGAAGGCCAGACAGUGGCUCCUGGACAACAUUCUCUCUGUCCUGGUGUUUGGAGUCUGCAUUGGCAUUGUCCAGGUAACUACCACAUAUUAAUAGAUCAAUCAAUGAAUCUCAAUAAGCCAGGCUUGUAUUCCACCAAACAGAAUCAUUGUUUGUCAACUAAAUUUGAUAAACACCCAGAUUGAACUUAAUUUACAUGUUUAUAAAGAAAGCUUGAAUCUGGGUUAUUGAGAAUUUUGAGUCUGUUGUGCCAUAUCUAAACUCAAUAAACUAAGAAAUAUGAGCUCGCUCAAUAAACUAAGAAAUAUGAGCUCAAAACAUUGAGUUAAAACAUUUAGGAAAGUUAUCUGGCAAAUAAUUCACUUUAUAUGGUUUUGUGAAAUAUAGGUCACCAUUUUUAUAACUCAAAUACAUUCUCUUGUCGUUUCAGAUCCUGGCCCUGAUUUUCUCCCUCCUGAUGUACUGCCAAAUCCUCCGUGCUGAGAAGUACCUGGAU